UGGGUUUUUGGGGGGUAAAUAUAGAGAGCAGGACUCGUAUAGAAAUAAUGAUAAAGACCGUCUUCCAGUCCCAAGAAAUAAAAGAGGAAGAAAAGGACGCCAUAGUGCAGGCACCUUUUGAUCUCCUUAAUAAGGACAGUGGGUCAAAAGACGUCUCUUUUUAUAGAGUAAAAGCUCCUCUAGCUGCUGACAGUAUGUCCUGGUGUCUUAAAUUAAAAAGAUCCUCGGCCUCCACCAACGUGUCCGUCAUGAAUUUAGCCCAAACCGAAAGCCUUGAUAUUAAAACCUCAGGAAAUAGUGAGUCGAGCUCCUCAGAGUCAGAAGAAGAGUCGGCAGAAACUCAGUUUCCCCCUGAGAAUAUGAUGAACUCCGGCCUGAUGUUCGCCAAUGACUCGGUCACCAACCUGAAGAAGAAAAGCAGUAAACUCAACCACCACGUUCACAGUCUUAAGAGUGAAAGUCUAGAAAUGUUUGAGAACCUGGAGCAGAGACAAGAGGAGCUGGACGACCUGGACGAGAUUUGUGACCAGCUGGAGAAAAAAUUCAGUAGUAUCGCUCAGAAACUGGAAAACAUCUAUGAGAAAAGAGAGAGACUGAACAAUCUGAAGUACAACAUCCAGAGGGACAUGUCUUCCCUCCAACGUUUGCUACAGACGGUAGAGUCCAGGAAUGAGACCGCGCGAUUAAGAGAUCUCAACCAAAACAUGGUCUCCCUGUGCAUUGCUAUAAAAGAGCUGAAGCGGAAACUGGAAACCUCAGGGCACAGAGCAGAGUCUGGCAGAGCAGGGGAGAAGCAGAUGACAAUACUCAUCACUGCCACUGAGGAAAUAAGGAACAGUACGGCUCAAAUUUCUGCAAACUUAGAGACAACAAGUGUUUUACUGAAUAACAUGCACAGGACCGUCUUCCAUAUGAACUCACGGAUUGAAUCAGUCAUAUCUCAGGGGAGUUGUGCUCAGGAGCAGAAAGAACCUCAAACUGAGAACAUCCAGGAACUGAGAGCCAGCGGGCCAUCCUCCCAGCCCAGCGGGCCAUCCUCCCAGCCCAGCGGGCCAUCCUCCCAGCCCAGCGGGCCAUCCUCCCAGCCCCUGUAACUUUAACCAUCUCAUCCAGUAAACUCUCAAUCAUA